GAAACCUGCUUGGUGUGAAUGCUGUACUUGGAAAAGUGAGCGGAAUCCCCCUGAAUGAAGGAAAGAUGGAGGUGCCAACCACCUGCAGCCAAGAUAAUGGUUUAUCUCAUGUUCUGACUCUAGUGCUGCAAGAACUGAGCUUGCUCUGUAAAAAGGAUGUCAACGGCGUUGGCAUGUUAUAUGACCUGCUCAAAUCUCCUUGGCUGCAAGCUCUCCUAAAGAUCUAUGAGUGCCUCCAAAAUUACCUCGGAAAAAGACCAGUUCCCAUCACAGUGCAGGCAUGUGUGUUGAAUCGUGAGGUGGUGGAAUUACUACGUGAAGCCCCCCAGUCUGGGGAGAUCAAGGAGCUAAGGCGACUUCUGAGAUCUCCACACCUAAAGGCCUUGUUAACUGCUCACGAUACUGUUGCCCAGAAAGAUUUUGAACCAACUCUCCCACCCCUACCAGACAACAUACCUGAGAACGAGGAAGCCAUGAGGAUUGUCUGCUUAGUGAAGAACAAGCAGCCUCUGGGUGCCACCAUUAAACGCCAUGAGAUAACAGGUGACAUAACAGUUGCCCGUGUGAUCCAUGGUGGACUAGCAGACAGAAGUGGGCUGCUGUACGCUGGAGACAAACUGGUGGAAGUCAACGGAGUUCCUGUUGAGGGACUUGACCCAGAGCAAGUUAUUAAUAUUCUGGCCCUGUCUGAGGGAACAAUUAUGUUCAAAUUGAUUCCAGUUUCUGAUCGGCCUGUCACUAACCAAACAACACUAUACGUGCGAGCAAUGGCAGACUAUUGGCCCUUGCAAGAUCCUGCCAUACCAUGUGCGGAUGCGGGUUUGCCUUUUAAGAAAGGUGAAAUACUCCAGAUCGUGGACCAGAACGAUGCUUUUUGGUGGCAGGCCAGGAAAGUUUCAGAUCUUGGUGCCUGUGCUGGACUUAUACCCUCAAAUCAUCUUCUUAAAAGGAAGCAGCGAGAAUUCUGGUGGUCUCAGCCUUUCCAGCCCCAUCUCUGCCUCAAGUCAUCAAUAUCAGUAAGCACUGUGGAAGAAGAGGAUGACAUGCAGAUCGAUGAGAAGUGUGUGGAAACAGAUGAAGAAACAUUUGAGUCUGAGGAGCUUAAAGAAGAAGAUGAAGAGUUUGUUGAAUCUGGUCAACGAGUCUUUAUUGCGGGUUUCCGCAGAAGCAUGCGCCUGUGCCGCAGGAAAUCCCGGGCCAACAAGCACUCGUGUUACGCUCAGUGCCCCAGCAGCUGUUACAGCGCGCUCGCCGCUCCCUAUGAGGAGGUGCUCAGGUACCAGCGGCACCCGACAGACAGGAACAGACUCAUCAUUCUAGUGGGUCCUGCAGGAGUUGGAGUGAACGAGCUGAGGCGAAGGCUGAUCACGAGCUGCCCGCAGCAGUUCCGGAGCGCUGUCCCUCAUACUACUCGUGUUCAGAAGAGCUAUGAAAUGAAUGGUCGUGAGUACCACUAUGUAUCAAAGGAAACCUUUGAAAACAUGGUGUACACUCACAGAAUGCUGGAAUACGGGGAGUACAAAGGGUACCUAUAUGGUACCAGUGUUGAUGCAGUGCGAGCAGUCCUUGACGAAGGGAAGAUCUGUGUAAUAGAUUUAGAACCACAGGGCAUCCAAGUAGCCCGGACUCAUGAAUUAAAGCCCUACAUCAUAUUCAUCAAGCCACCCAGUAUAAGUUGCAUGAGGCAGUCUCGUAAAAACGCAAGGAUCAUUACAGAUUAUUAUGUAAAUAUAAAAUUCAAGGAAGAAGAUUUACAAGAGAUGGAAGAGUCGGCCAAGAAGAUGGAAGCCCAGUUUGGUCAGUUCUUCGAUCACGUGAUAGUGAAUGACGACUUGCAAGAAGCGUCGGCACAGCUGCUCUCGGCCGUCCAUCGCGCCCAGGACGAGCCCCAGUGGGUCCCGGCGCUGUGGAUAUGCUCAGACACUCAGCCGUAAUGCCGAGAGGCCGCCAGCCUCGUGAA